GUAUAUGCAGAUAAUAUAUUCACCAUUUCACUUGACCCACAAAAGCUAAAACCAAGAACAAUUAUCCCACUUUAUGAAAUAUCAUAUUAUAUCAAAACUUAAUUACAAAAAAAAAAAUGAGCAUUGCUCUUCAUAUGAACCCUCCUUACAGUUUAUCUUCAAAUUUCUCAACUUCUAACAACUUCAAAAACUACAUAACAAAACAUAUUAUUAGAACAACCAGCAGUAGAAAUGUAAUUAACUUCAAUAAUUAUAGGAAAAUCAGAGCCAUUGGAACUGUUCCUGAGAGAGAUCAAGCUAAUGAAGCAAGCCAAUCAGAGGAAGAACUUGAACCACCUUAUGUUGGAUUUGCAUUUGUCAGUUCAGUGUUACUCCCUGAUGGAACACCUGAUAUGCAUUUGCGGUCAGCAACGGGUGGACAAAAGCUUAGGGAUAUAAUGUUGGAUAAUGAUAUUGAACUCUAUGGACCUUAUGCAAGGCCGCUAUUAAACUGCGCCGGUGGAGGAACUUGUGGAUCAUGCAUGGUGGAGGUGAUUGAAGGCAAGGAGCUUCUGAAUCCCAGGACUGAAACAGAGAAAGAACAUUUAAAGAAGAAGCCCAAGAACUGGAGACUUGCUUGUCAAAUCACAGUUGGCACACCAGAAUCUAGAGGAAUGGUUGUUAUUCAGCAAUUACCAGAAUGGAAAGCGCAUGAAUGGAAGUAUGAAAAAGAUGUCCCUUAUGUAUCUGAGUAGUUACAUACCUUCAAGUAUAUAACUUUGUAAAUUAUCGAAGCAUAUAAAUGAAUAAUUGAAAUUCAAACAAUUUUUUGGCAUUCAAAUUUUAAUGGAAUGAUUAUUUUAACAA